AUGGCUCCACCAGCCCUGCUGCGUGGUGGUGGGGGCCACAAGGAUCUGCCGUUCCAGCACAGUGUGGCGAAGGGCUUCAUCUCCAGCGCUGAGCUGAGCAUGAAGCAAACAGCAGCACCUGGACCCGAGGGCCGAUCCCGCUUCCAGAAAAUCUCACUGGUGUCCCGGCGGCUGGAGCACACGGCAGGAGGGGGGGGCCGGGAUGGCAGCCCCUCCCGCGUCUCCCUGCUGCUGCAGGCCUGGGAGAGGGAGAUUGUGGAGAAGACAGCAUCGGGGCCGAGUGCGGUGACGCAGCGCAACUGCUCGUCCUCCGUCAGCAUCCUGAAGGACUUUGCGGCGCACGGACCCAUCUUCUCACAGGUCUUCUCGCCACGGCGGCAGGAGGAGAAGCAGGGGGACGACACAAUGCCUGCGCCCCGAGAUGUCCCUGUGCACCGUGAGAGCUACAUGCACGGUGUGCUGCUCCCCACCACGCCCCGCUGCCAGCGCUCAGCCCGCGACACCAAGCCCAGGGCCAGGCAUGUCACUGUGCUGCGGGAGGGCAGGGAGGCAGAGGAGGGCAGGAAAACCCAAAAUGGAGCAUGCAAAGCCACCGCGGUGCCCUCAUCGCAUCAGAAAGGCUGUAAGCCGGAUGGUGGUGGCAUCACCAAGAUCACAGCACGUGGCAAAAGCUCAUUGAGCACCUUGGAUACUGGGGGAUCCUCCAGGGAGAAAUGUUCGCCACAAGAUGAAACCAUGCCCAAUGCAAUGCCAAGAGGCAGAGACAAACCCCAGGACCUGCAAAUCAGUACAACCAGUGCCCAGUGUCCUCUGGAAGAUCAGUCUGGAGUCUGGGAAGGAGGUGCAGUGCAUGGGGAUGGCUCUAUUUCAGCCACACAGCCCAGGACAGAGAACUCUGAGGGAGCAGGUGACACCUCCGUGGAAGUAAGCAAUGGGACUGACCUGUUACCUGGAGCACGUGCAUCUCCAAAGAACACAGAGGUUGAGAUGGAGGAGGGUAAGAUGGUGGAGGAUCAGCAGGGUGUGGCCCAAGAUACCCAGAGCAUCCCUGAGCCUCCCAUAGAGAGCACUGCAGAACCCCAGCCUGAGAGCGUCCCCAAACCCCAGCCUGACAGCAUCCCAAAACCUCAACCUGAGAAUGUCUCCAGACACCAAAGUGAGAGCAUCUCAAAGCCCCAAAUGGAGAUCAUCCAGGAGCCCCCCCAUGAGUCCCCCGCUCCUCCAUCCGAGAGUCCCUCAGAUGCAUCCGAGGAGGACCCUGAGUUGGUGGUGGACAUGGAGAUCUUUGUGGACACACUGCGCAACAUGGAGCCCUCAGAGAUGCGGAAGGUGCCCAAGGUUCCGCGCCAGCCCCGGCCCUCGGCGUUGGGUCGCUGCACAGCACUGCCACCCAUCCACGAGGACCGUGUGGCCCCGCGCACCCACAUCUCGCUGCCUGUCGCCCUGCAGGAACUGCUGGCAUGGGGAAGGGGCGGGCAACCAGCUGAGACCCCUCUAGAGGGCACUGGGAGCCAUGACGAGGAGGAGGAGGAGAUCGAGAACCCCUACCUGAGCCCUGGGGAGAAAGCACUGAGGAGGGCUCAGAAUGGCAAUGGGGAGCCAGGCUCGCUCCUGGGGGGAGCGAUGCAGGGCAGGGCCACGGGUGAGCGCAGUAUUCUGUUCCGAGGGAACGUCCUCAAGGGCAUGGCACUGCUCUCUGACUUCCUGGAGCACCGUGCAGCUGCAGUGGAUGAGGCCAAGCCCUACUCACGCCUGGACAACAGCGUGCUUUACAGCCGCUUCGUAUCCCCUGCCAGCACCCAUAAUGGGGUCCCCAAUGGGACGGGUGCUAGUGACCACCCCAGCACUGAGCUGGAAGCACUGAGUCCUGAUCACAUUCCUCCCAUCCCUGAAGAGCCAGAGAGUGCCGGUGCCCCGUACCCCGCUGACAUCCUGGUGAGUGCUGCCCUGGAGCAGUGCCUGGGGGUGCUGGGGCACAUAGGGGAUAUCAGGUCUGAACCCCCUGAGCAUCUUCCCCCUGCUUCCAGCCUACAGAUGGUGCUUUGCAUUGUGGGAAGCUGUGCUGCAUGGCCCCCAGUACGAUGGGAGGGUGCUGGGAUGGGUGAUAGGAGGCAGGAGGACCAGGAGGGCUCUGUGAAGAUAAACGCCAGACCCGCACUCUGCUGUCACCCCAACCAGAUCAUCCUCUUCUCCGAGGCCGGUUUCGCAGGGCACAGACGGGAGAUUUGGGGUGACGUCCCUGACGCUACAUCUUGGGAGCUGUCACACAAAAUAUCCAUCAGGGUCAUCCGUGGCGGGUGGGUGAUGUAUGAGAAACCACGGUUCCAUGGGCGCAAGUGUGUGCUGGCAGAGGGAGACGUGGAGAUUGACAACCCCUGGAUGGUGUACGGGCAGAGCGAUGAGCCACGUGGCAGUCGGCCCUUCCGCAUCGGCUCCUUCAAGAGGGUGGUGAAGGAUUACCGCACACCUGAAAUCAGCCUGUUUGCUGAGGAGAACGGUGAAGGUGCCAGGCUGCAGUUCAGCGACUCGGCUGAGGACACUCGUGUGCAGGGCCAGUCACUCACCGCUUCCUCCAUCAUUGUGCACUCGGGACUGUGGCUGGUUUACUCCAAGCCCUUCUUUGAUGACGACCCCUAUGUCCUGGAGCCAGGCGGGUACCCCAACCUGAAGGCCUGGGGAGCGAAGGAUCCAUCCAUCUGCUCCAUGCACCCCAUCAGGCUGGGCUGCCCGGUGGUGGAGCGUCCCGGCGAGCCGCAGGUGGUGAUCUACGAGGACGCGGGCUUCCAGGGACGCAGCUUCACCAUCAGCCGAGAUAUCUAUGACCUGAAGCGCCUGCCCGAGCUGCCGCUGUCCACCGUGGGCUCAAUGCGUGUCCUGGGUGCCUGCUGGGUCGGUUACGAGAAGGAGGGCUUCCGCGGCCACCAGUACCUGUUGGAGGAAGGGGAGUACCACAACUGGCGGCAGUGGAGCGGCUAUGGCAAGGAGCUGGUGUCCUUACGGCUCAUACGGACGGAUUUCUCUGACCCGGCACUGGUGCUCUUCGAGGCCAUGGACUUUGAGGAGGGUCCCAGCGUGGAGCUGAGCGAGGCGUUGCCUGACAUGCAGCUGGCCGGAUACGGCACCAUCACGCAGUCCAUCCACGUGCUGAGUGGCGUGUGGGUGGCCUAUGAGGGCCCCAACUUCUCAGGUGAGCAAUACAUCCUGGAGAAGGGAGUGUAUCGCAGCUGUGAGGACUGGGGGGCCACCAACUGCCGCAUCACCUCGGCACAGCCCAUCCUGCAGGUUAGGGAGCACAACCUGCACUUCGUCUCCAAGAUCCUGCUCUUCUCAGAGCCUGACUUCUUGGGGGAACACCUUGCCUUCGAGGAUGAGCAGAGUGCCCUGCCCGACAGCUUUGUGCCCCGCUCCUGCAGGGUCCGUGGGGGCAGCUGGAUCCUGUUCGACAGCCAGGCCUUCACUGGGGAGCAGCAUGUGCUGUCCGAGGGCGAGUACCCUACGCUGGGUGCUAUGGGCUGCCUCUCGUCCACUGCCAUCCGCUCCUUGAAGAAGGUCCCAGUGUUCUUCUCGGAGCCCUCCAUCUUCCUGCAUGGCCUGGAGUGUUUUGAGGGAAAGGAGAUUGAGCUGAAUAACGAAGUGCGGAGCCUCCAGGCAGAGGGCUUCAACAAUCACGUGCUGUCCGUGCGUGUCAAAGGCGGCAUCUGGGUGUUGUGUGAGCACGGAGACUUCCGAGGCCGCCAGUGGCUGCUGGACUGCACCGAGAUCACCAACUGGCUGACCUACAGUGGGCUGCAGCACGUGGGGUCCCUCUACCCCAUCCGUCAGAGACGGAUCUAUUUCCGCAUCAGGAGCAAAGAGCUGCAGCUCUACCUGUCUGUUCCUGAUGACGUGGAGGACAUGAAAGCGGGGCGCGUGGUGGUCUCCAGCCUGAGCGAGCAGAGCAGCUCCAUCUGGUACUACGAGGACGGGCUGCUCAAAAACCAGGUUGCCCCUGCCAUGAGCCUGCAGGUCAUCGGGCCAGCUGGGAAGGGAGCAAAGGCUGUGCUGUGGUCCGAAAACCGGAUGCCACGUCAGACCUGGAGCAUUGAUUCUCAGGGACAGAUUCGCAGCCAGAUGUUUGAGGAUAUGAUCCUCGAUGUAAAGGGCGGCCGAUCGUAUGACCGGGACCACGCCAUCAUUUGGGAGGCAGCUGAGGAACGACCCACGCAGAUCUGGGAUGUACAAGUGCUAUGAGCAGGUAGCGUAUGGCCCUGGUGCCAACAAGUGUCACAGGGAAGGAUAGGGACACCCUGCAGUGGUGGGAGCUGCCUCCUGCCCUGCUGCUCUGGUGGCUGCUGCCAUGAAGGAUGCCCACGACCACCUCCACUGCCCACCUCCCUCAUGGAGUACCACAGGCACACGUGCUGCUGACCACCGUGGGACACUCAGAGAGCAACGCAGCAGAGCCUCUUCCCCACCCCAUUCCUCUCUCUGAACUGUAUUUAUGUACGUGUGUAAGAUACGGCCCCGCCCGAGGGGGCCAGCCCUGCCCGCGUUUGGUCUCUGUCUCCUCGUCGUUCUUGCCGAGCUGUGCAGUGCUCCUCACAGCACAGGGCCCAAUCCUGCUCCCCAGGCGGGAGCUCAGUGCCCUCUAGUGUCCAAAGGCCGCCAGCAACACCCGAGCCUUUGGCUCUGAAAAGCAAAGCGCACAGGCUGCACGCCUGAGAUAGCAGCGUGUCUGGCUCUGGAUGCUGCUGUAAGGGCAGAAGGCUCUGGGUCCCUCUGCCCUGAGUGCAGCAGGAUGAGAUGCCCUGGGGAUGUGUCCUGGCACUGCCAGACUGGGCUGGGCUGUGCCAAAGAGAUGGAGAACAGCACAGCAGGACACUUGGGCCCUUCAGAUGGAAGGUGUUUAACCACGGAAAACUCUGCCACGGAGAAAGGUGUGAGGGAAUCAGAGAGUGGUUAGGUGCUACAGGAUGUAAUGGUUUCAGUCCCAGACUGAGAUAGUGAUGGUCCUGGGCUGAUGGUCAUCAGCACCCUGCUCGGCUGCAGGCUUGGGAUCGCCAAAAUCCAUCAUUGCCAAGACAAGCCCUGCUGCAUGUCCCCACCACAGCUCAGCUCCUUCCUCCAGACUCCAGGACAGAGCUGUCCUCCACCCAAGCGGGGCAAGAGCUGCCCAGGAACAUGAUACAAAGCCAGAAGAGACGCGGUGGGGGCUGUCUGCACACCCAGACACCGAGUGCUUCUGUCCUCGCUGCUGGGCAGAGCAGAACGCUCCUGGUUUGCUCAGCAGGUUGGGCUCAGCUUGGGGACAUCACGUCAUGGGGAAGCGACCAGUUACCAACCCUGCAGCAAAACCGGGCUGUUCUGGCGGCGACACGCAGCACAACGCCUUCCCUGUGGGUUUCUCCCGCAGACAGGGCACACUGAAAUCCUGACAUCAGGCAGCUCCAGCUUGCCAGCGUCUGCUCUGGCUGUUGGCAAGAGCCAUGACCAAACCUGUGGUUAUGGCGAAACACCCCCAGCUGCUGUGAGGCUUGUGGAGGCAGGAGGUCACCAAAGCACCCAGAUCACAGCACACCGCACAGGAGCCCCAACAGCCGCCUGCAGGCAGCAGCUGCGUGCAGGGCAGGGCACACACACACACACACACACACACACACACACACACACACACACACACACACACACACUGCUGCGCUGGGCAGGAACAGAGUGGCUGGGGCCUGGAGGAGGGCGAGGACAAGGUGCAGGGGCAGCGCUGGGACACAGAACUGCAGACCUGCCACCGGCCCACGGAGCUGGCUGCGGCCUGGUGGCGAGCACGUGGGAGAGGGGCCCGGCCGAGGCCUGAGGCUGCCCAGCCGCGCUGUGGCUGCCCCGCAGGGUCCGCGUCUCUCGCAGGGAUUCUGCCGACGGGGUCGAGCCCCUUAGUGUGGGGCGACUAACAACGGACACACGGCGGCAACACACCACCACCGCCAGCAGCGGCUUCAUCCCGCCCUCAUAUAAACCCCGCCGGGCCGGAAUAGGCCAGGACCGGCAAUUGUCAGCUCCGGAUUGGUGAAGAGCUGGAUGACUUCAGCUCGGUGAUUGGCCUGCUCGGCAAAGGCCGCCUGUGGGUGGACAACGCUGGGUCGAAGGCGGUGCUGCGGUUCCGCCCGGCGCUGCCGGGAGCGUUGUGCCCUUGUGCAUCCUCAGCCCGCGGUUAGGGCGGGGCCGCCCCGGAGGUGCGGGCUGGCUUCGUCCUCCCGUUAGCGAGCCCGUCCCAGUGCCAGCCCUGCUGUAACAGCGCAGUACCGCAACAACGCAAGAAAUAAACACGUCAGAGCCUCCGUACUUUAUUUCUCAAAGCUUCACAGCACGACUGUGGAGGUUGUGGUCCUCCUGGAGGCUGCGGCCGUAGGGAAGAACCGUGGGGACGCGGCGACGGGAGCAGGCUGGGCCCAGCAGUGGGGCUCUGGGGUAGGGGGACGCCGGCCUGCGGGGGCCUUCGUGGGGGAGCGCAGGGCCCCGCUCAGCACAGCCGCAGCAGGAAGGCCACAGCCAGCCCCAGGGUGAGGGGCAGGAGGGCCGGGCUGCCGCAGGGUGGGCUCUGGCCUUGUAUCCCAUCUGUCAUGGUGCUGUUGUGCUCUGCCCGGCCUAAGGG